AGUCGAGGAUCAAGAAGACUCAUUCAGCAAAAGGACGAAGUCUUUGUUGAAGUCGCUUUCAGCCUCUUUUCAUUUUCCUGGGGACAGAGACUACCUCAUGCCUGUUUGAUUCUGGCGAGAACUCGGAGUCAUUUCUACCUAUUAGUCAAGGAGGACCUUGAUUGUUGUCAUCGGCUUUCAUAGAGAGGCUGCGAGUAUCCUCGCUAUAAGGUAUGAAGUUCGGUAAGCGGAUCAGGUCCGAGGCAGUGGAGCAAUGGAACGAUCAGUACGUGGACUACAAGGGGUUGAAGCACCUCCUCAAGGCACUCGUGGCGAAUGGCGCGAGCGCACCGGAGGACGAACAAUUCACAGCGUCGAUCUUAGCCGAGAUCGACAAGGUGGAUCGAUUCUUCAUUUCGAAGGAGUCGGAGCUGUACGCCGAGUUCCGAUCGCUCUGUCAGAAGGUCACGCAGACACCCCUGGAGCCGGCGUGGGAGAAAGCGCAGUCUGCCAAGGGAAUCAACGGCCACCUCCAUCUUGACAAGUUGGUGUCGGCGCUAGAAGGCACGGAUGCAGGAGAAAUCAUUCAAGCACUGUUGCAUUUCUCUGCGAAAGUUGACAACAUGCGCAAGUUUGUGAUGAUCAAUACACUUGCGGUCGUCAAGAUCACCAAGAAGCAUGACAAGCAGGAGGGUAUCACAAAGCAGCUGCAAUGGGAGAUGGUGAACACAGUCCACAAGAAGCAUUUCUACAACUCCCCUCAUUUCAGUGCUCUGAUCACGGAUGUCGAAGUUCUCGCCUCAGAAAUCAUGUUCC